AAAAUGUUGCCAUUCUGAAAUAAUAAAAAAAUUGGACUAUUCCAGGUUGUCAGAUUUGACAGUUCUUUCAAGUUGAAUCGCCUCCCAGUGGCAUUAUACGCGUUUAGUCGUUACUCUAAUAAACGCAACGAUGUCGGGAGGAUUAGAUAUCUUAGCCCUCAAUGAGGAAGAUGUUACUAAAAUGCUUGCAGCGACAACCCACCUUGGAUCCGAAAAUGUCAACUUCCAGAUGGAAACGUACGUCUACAAGAGGCGUGCGGACGGUACCCACGUCAUCAACCUACGUCGUACAUGGGAAAAGCUAGUUUUGGCUGCAAGAGCUGUUGUAGCUAUUGAAAACCCUGCUGACGUUUUCGUUAUCUCAUCUCGUGCCUUCGGUCAGAGAGCCGUACUUAAAUUCGCAGCUCACACUGGUGCCACCCCUAUUGCUGGACGUUUUACACCUGGUGCCUUCACUAACCAGAUCCAAGCUGCCUUCAGGGAGCCGCGUCUUUUGAUUGUGCUUGACCCAGCUCAAGACCACCAGCCCAUCACUGAGGCUUCAUAUGUCAACAUUCCUGUUAUUGCUUUCUGCAACACUGACUCACCUCUGCGUUUCGUUGACAUUGCUAUUCCAUGCAACACCAAGUCAUCACACUCUAUCGGUCUUAUGUGGUGGUUGUUGGCCCGUGAGGUACUCCGUCUCCGCGGUGUCCUCGCCCGCGACCAGAGGUGGGAUGUCGUUGUCGACCUGUUCUUCUACCGUGACCCUGAAGAAAGUGAGAAGGAAGAGCAACAGGCUAAGGAACAGGCCGUGGUUGCCGCGAAGCCCGAGGUGGCGCCGCUCGCGCACGACGACUACGAGCCCGUGGAGCCGGUCACCUCGUGGAACGACGACGCCGCCCCGGUCGCCGCCGCCACCUUCGGCACGCCCGCCGCUCAAGACGAUUGGGCUGCUCAGGUACAAGAAGAGUUGGGAACCGCCGCGCCAGCCGCUGCUGCCGCCGCUACUCCAUCAUGGGGAGGCUCUGCCCAAGGCUGGAGCGCUUCGUAAAUUUUGUUUACUGACAAUAAAUAACUACAAAACUUA